AUGGCCCCCAUCUCCAAGACUCUCGCCCUCGCUGGCGCUCUCUUUGCCAUAUCCGGUGUUGCUGCACCCGUCGAGAAGCGCGCGGUGGUCUGGGAAACCGUCACCGACAUUGUCUGGACCACCGUCGAUGUCACCACCACCAUCUACCCCAACCAGGCUGCUCCUACCUCGACCGAGACUCACACUAUUGUCCCGGUGAGCACCACCGCCGCUGCCGCCGUUGUGCCCACCACCACCGCCGCUCCCCAGGAAGAGGAGGCCCAGCCGGCCCCGACUUCUUCGUCCUCUUCGUCCUCGACUCCGGCUCCCGCUCCCCAGCCCACUGAGCGCGCCACCGAGGUCGAGGCUGCUCCCGCUCCCGCCGUUGAGACCACCACUGCUCCCGCCCAGACCCAGAACACCCAGAGCUCUAGCUCCUCCGGCUCUUCCAGCUCUUCCGGUUCCAGCUCUGGCUAUACCGGCGCCUGCAGCUUUAGCUCCAAGUGCACUGGCGAGAUGACCUACUACGACACCGCUACCUCCGCCUCGGCCCCCAGCUCCUGUGGCAUGACCAACGAUGGCGAGACCGAGUUCGUCAUCGCCAUGCCCGUCGGCCUCAUGUCCAAUUCGGACUGCGGCAAGGAGGUCACCAUCAACUACAAGGGUACUUCCGCGCAAGCCAAGAUCGUCGACAAGUGCAUGGGCUGCCAGGGCGGGUCCAUCGAUCUGUCUCGCGCCCUGUUCUCGCACUUUGCCUCCUUCUCCGAGGGUCGUCUGUACGAUGCUGAGUGGUGGAUCAACUAA